GGCGAACACGAUCGCUGUCGUCACCGCCUUACACGCCUCUCAACCCACUAGUACCUUAACGUGAAAGUCGGCUGUGCGCCGCAGAAAUGUCGUUUUUGUUCUCCUUAUUCCGAAAGACCAAAGAGGAUGACUACGAGACCGUUCUAGCUUCGUUGGCCUUGGACAUCCAGAAGCGCCAGACCAAACUCGCUGACAUACGACUUCGUGAACGGCGGUCGACACUACUGGUGACGCUGUAUACAUUUGUUGCAUGGGUCGUGUAUGUCGCAUUGUGGUAUACUGGUGCCUUGCCAAGUUUGGCUGGAUAUUACCGGAAUUUGAGAGUGGAAAAGGCGGUGAAAGGAUUACCAGUUGUCAUUGGACCUAUCAUCAUCUUGUUCAUAAGGCGCAUCGUGCAAAUUUGGUAUACUCGCAAAGGCGAUGCAGAAGAGAAGACGUUACAGAAGUUGAUGAAAGAGCAACGGACGAAAGUAGAGGAAAUCAAGAAGAAGACCAAUUAUUAUUCCACACGGGAACUGCUACAACGUUACGAUGAGAGUUCACCCGCACCAUCUCCUCUUCGUCAAAGAAUUGUUGCCCAGCCGCAAGGGUCGCCCAGUACUCCCACGCGACCCAUCAACGGUAAUGCUGGCGGUUCCGCAUUGAAUACACCCCAAAACCAAGCGGCUACGCUUGCUUCCCCACCCCAGCCUCCGCCUGGUCCUUCACGGAAACAAUGGUACGACAAACUCGCCGAUGCCGUCCUCGGAGACGACGACCAAGCCCGGUUUGCAUUGAUCUGCGAACAGUGUUUCGCCCAUAAUGGCUUGGUCAAAGAAAGCGUCUGGGAAGACACUCAAUACGUUUGCCCGAAAUGUAACCAUUUCAAUCCAUCUCGUCGUUCGAAUAAGCAGGGCAUUCGGCCCCCGCCUCAGGCUGCUGGACCGAGGUCUCCUGUCACCCAGGUGAUACCGCCUACGCCACCGCAUGUUAGCCGAGAGCAACAAGUACCGCCGACGCAUAAUCCAAGUGAACCUGUGGUGCCAGAGAGCAAUUUGAUGGAGGUAGAUCAAUCUUGAGAAAGUCAUUUAUAACAUUCCGUAGCUCGUCGAAGGAUAUUUAUGUUAAUAACCGGUGUAGCCUUACUUUCUUACUCUUUGUCACUAAUCCAUUUGUUGAACACUUGCAAUCAGUGGCUGAACAGUUUAUUUUCAUUCUGUUGAAAGGUUACAAUUUCUAGCAUUUCACCCAGCUCUACACAUAGGAC